UAAUUGUUGGACUCCCAUAUUUUUAAGGUAUUCCUCCUCUUUUAUGAGUUUAUGUUAAACGCGCUAUACACUUAAUGCCCUGAAGAGGGCGCAGUACGCAAAUAAAUAAGUUUAGUGGAGUAGAAAUAAAAUUGAAUAUUAAUGACAGAUACUCAUUUGAUUAAACGUACUAUAGUAUAGGAAUAUCUAAUAUUUAUAUUUAUUAGCCUGUAUAUUAAUUGCAUCCUGAUACAUUUUAUUAGAUUUUUGAUGAAUUGGCAUGAACAUUGGUUACUUUUAUUUCUCCUAAUAAGGCGUUGGUAAUGUGAACCGUCUUAUAUAUACUAUUCAUUAAUUUAUGUAUUUUUUAAACAUUUUAAAGCUGUUUAAAAUGAAUUAUUUUGUGUACAGGCCUGUUUAUACACAACGCCAAAACACCCGUUAGAUUUUGUCUGCGCACACUAAAGAGAUUCUCGCUGGACUGUACCAUUAACUAACCAGUGAGGGGGUAUUUGUAAUUAAGUAUACUUUUCAUUAAUUAUUGUUUUCCGCUUUUGGCCGUGUUUUAAUAUCGGCGAAUGUUUUUAUUUAUGAUUCUCAUCAUGUGAGUUCAAACUUUAAUUGACUUAAGUCACAAACCGUCAUUGUACUUAUCUUGGCGUCUGAAUCUACCCCUGUCCACUUUUUGCCCGUCUCAUUGGAAACUGUUCUCUAUCUUACUGUCUCUUCGCGAAGCAUUUAAACUUAUGAAAAGUUCGUAACCUAAAAUGUAAUAGAUACAUGAUUUUAAGAGGCACAUUUUAAUAGACCAAACCAUGAGAUCAUCACCUAGUCCUGUGAGUCGUGACUAGGAUUUUGGAAUGGCGGAAAGGCGAAUUAAUGGAUAAGAAAAAGUAAACAGAGGACCGUUUUCUCUACCACCGGUAUCAUUAGCAUGCUAGCCAACUAGCAACUAGUAUUCUCCCCAACUGUCUUGAAUAGUACAGCUGACCUGUUCGUUAGAACUGCUAACGUCUAUCAUGGUUUGUUUACUGCAGUAUGAUUUGACAUUUACGCAUUUCAGCGUAUGUUAUGUUAACCUGAAAUAGUUAAACAGAAAUAAAUAAUUAGAAAACGGUGGCUUAAUUUGAAAACUGGCGUCGAAAGCUACUUUUUUUUUAGCUUGCCGGCUAAAUUAGGGGUGCUGAUGUGUUCUUGCGAAAAAGUGGAUUUUAACAUCACCCCUCGUACUGUCGCCCGUCUGGUGUAUGAGGCCGAACAGGAAAAAAACAAUGGGGGUAAUUCGUCCAAUGGAAGCAACAUGAUCUUAUCAUAUCUGAUGUGCAAAUCGCAAUGACAAGGCAGAUUGCAAAACUGCAUUUGUUGUGAUCUGUGCUUGUGGAAGGAAGUCUUUAAUAGCAGCAGAGAAACAGGAAGAAGAUGGAUUUGACAUCAAGCAGUUAUGGGUGCAAGUCUCAAAUGCUCAUCUUUUUCCCUUCGAUAAAUGGCAUGCAGAAGAGAUGGCUGCACACUUUUAUGCGUAUUAGAAUUCAGUGAUGGCUCCACCCCAUUUUUUCAGUUCCUGCUGCAGGACAUUAUGCCGUAUAUACGCUGUACAUCUGUGAAGGAAGCUGAACUGCUGACUUCUUUCUUCAGGACAGUGAGUUGCCUUUCCAAUUGUCAUCAGAUUGUAUUUCUGUAAUGGAAUAUUUAUUUUGGGCUCUAGUGGAAUUUCCAGACCCGAUGUAGAAGACGAAGACACUAGAGAGUAAGAAAUAUUUGGUGCUUCUCAGUGAAUGAUUGUGCAUGAUAAAACUUGUACUCAAUGAAACUGUCAGCCGUAGACUGAUGCAGAAAGUUUUAGGUGAUGUAUGAUGGCUGUGACACCACCACCUGAAAUCACCAUGGCUGAGCCCAUUCCCAUUCCAACCCUGAACAUUCUUCCGCCUUCAUCCGAUACGGAGUCGUGGUCCUGCUCCCCAAGCCCACGGCCACACCGGUUCCACUUACGCAGCCGUAACCGAGAGAAGAAGAGAGCCAAGGCACAGCAAGCAGAUGCAUCAGAGAACCAUUGGGAUAAGGGGAAAGGGAAAAGAGAUAAAAGCCCAUCACGUGCAUCUCCAUUGCCUUCAAUGGUUUCUAAUGUAGAAGAGGAAGAGCAGGGCAGCCCCACUGUGCUUCUCCUACCCCCAUCCCGCUCAUGGUCACGGAGCUCCUCCCUAAGCAGGCGCUCUCGCUGGUCUCUCCGUAGCCUUCUCAGCAAGGAUUCAGAUUGUGACAGCAGCAGUACAGCCAGUAACUCUCCGCGCAGCACUCCCGGCAGCUCACCCUCCUUGCGCCGGCGUGUUCUGGGAGGCAGAGCCAGCGAAGGGGAGACAGUUGGGGACAGGAGUGGUGGAGGUUCAGACAGUCCCCUGCCUCCUACUCCCUCCUCAUCAACCUCCUCCUACCCGCUCGCGGCCCGCCACUUCACUCGCAAUGCCAAGAAAAUGCAGAGCUGGUAUAAUGUGCUCAGCCCCACAUACAAACAGAGGAAUGAAGACUUCCGUAAACUCUUUAAAAAGCUGCCUGAUACAGAGCGUCUCAUAGUGGACUACUCAUGCGCACUACAGAGGGACAUACUGCUCCAGGGCCGUCUCUACCUGUCUGAGAACUGGCUCUGCUUCUAUAGUAAUAUCUUCCGAUGGGAGACCACGAUAACCAUACUGCUGAAAGAUGUGACCAGUCUGACCAAGGAGAAGACAGCCAAGCUCAUCCCUAACGCCAUCCAGAUUUGCACUGAACACGAGAAGCACUUCUUCACGUCAUUUGGGGCAAGGGAUCGCAGCUAUAUGAUGAUCUUCAGACUAUGGCAGAAUGCACUGAUGGAUAAGACUCUGUCUCCUAAGGAGUUAUGGCACAUCGUUCACCAGUGUUACGGCACUGAGCUAGGGCUCACUAGUGAAGAUGAUGACUAUGUCUCCCCUACUGCUGAACAUAUGAACGGCCUGCUGCCAGGUGAGGAGCCGGUCUCCGUCACUGACCUGCUGGAUCUGGGAUCAGUGCCGGUGGCUCCGGUGGGCUCCUCUCCACCCUCGUCUGCCUCAAUUCUUCCCUGUGCUUCAGGAUCUUCACCUCCAUCCUCCUCUUCCUCUUCCUGCCAGCCUGUGGAGGUGCCGUCUACUCGGACCACGGUCGAACCUGAGCCCAGUCCACCCAGCUCCCAGAGCUCACUAACCCCCAGCACACACACUGGAGCUGCCCCGUCCUUAACCAUGUUGGAAGAAGGUGGGGACAGCCAGUCAGAAUCGGCCAAUCAGUCACUUCAGUCCCCUCCCACUGUCCCACACAGCCUGGGAAACCUCUCCUCAUUGGAUAUGACCAAUGAUGAGGAGCUCCCAACUGACCCCAGCAAUUCCUCUGACACUCAGGAUGAGAGUGAGGUGGAGUCUUUCUGUCCGGACCUCAACGGCCGACUGCAUAUCAACACGGUUGUUCGCAUGAGCGUUGACAAGCUCUACGACCUUCUGUUCUCAGACACUCACUUCAUACAGCACCUCUUCUCACAACGUCACUUCACUGAUCUCUCUGUGCACGAGUGGCAGCAGGACAGCAGCAGUGGGAGCAGCAGUAGAGUUCUGAGUUACACCAUCGCCAUCAACAACCCACUGGGCCCAAAAACCGCUCCUGUAGUGGAAACACAGACUCUCCACAAGAGCAGCACCCGGGGGGAGUGUUACGUGGUGGACUCAGAGGUCAUAACCUCAGGCAUCCCCUACCAGGAUUACUUCUACACUGUACACAGAUACUGCCUCACCUCUGUCAACAAGCACAAGAGCCGCCUCAGGGUCUCGUCUGAUAUCUGCUACAGGAAGCAACCGUGGAGUCUUGUGAAAGCUCUGAUAGAGAAGAACACUUGGAGCGGCAUUGAAGAGUAUUACAGACACAUGGAGAUGGAGGUGUGUAAGUUGGAGACACUGUUACAGUCGGAGGUUUCCGUAGUGAGUGCCGGGGAAGUGCCUUCCACAGACUCCGCCAAGACUCCCUCUGGCCUGCGCAGACGCAAACGCAACUGUCCGAGACGAGCGGGAGAGCGGGAGAGAGAAAGGGAUGGAGCGGGAGGAGGUGGUGGGGACCGGGGUGACCGAGGAAUUGGAGACGAGCGUGAAAGGAGAGAAGCUGGUGCUCAGUAUGUGAAAUUGGGAGAGAGGUGGCGUGGAGCCGGCAACAAUGGCAUCUCCACCAUCCUGCUCAUUGUGAGCUUCAUGAUCUGUGUCAGUCUGGUGGUUCUGGUGGCUCUGAACAUGAUGCUGUUCUACAAACUUUGGGCACUCGAGCGGGCUGCACACACGCUCGAGACCUGGCACUCGUACUCUUUAACAGACAGCCCUCUGCCCCAGUCAGCGGGAGAGUGGGCGCAGGUACUGCAGCUCCAGAGGCAGUUCCACCAGGCCCAGAUGAACAAAUGGCAGCAGAUUUUACAGUCUUCUGUCUCACUUCUGGAUCAGAUGAAGCAGUCUCUGGAGAAGCUCCACAGAGGAAUGAUCACACCAGAGGUGCAGCAGGAGUCUGAUCCAGCAGCGGACACACUGACGGAUCAGUGAAGAACAUACGGUAACCCCUUCACCGAACCGUUAACUAACUCUGGUCACCAUGACAUAGGCGUCCACAAAGGGAGCAAAUCAUGGAUGGGAGAUGGUGCUCAACUCAGUGACAUUAACAUUGGGAUUGAUUUGGGUAGCUUUUAGGUUACCCAAGUGUCUCAGCAGCAGCUACAGGACUACAAACAAACUCAACUCUUCUGUCAAUCUGAAUAUCAUGAACUCUGGGUCUGAAGCAAUAACACGCACGUAUGGGAGCAUCUGUGACUUUCAGCUGUGCUGCAUCUUGAGCCGCUUUUGUGUCUGAGGAAGCUCAACGUGAGCUUGUGGGAAACUGCAAUUCAUCGUGGACCUUAAAAAAGAGCUUCGGAGAGAUGCGUUAAAGAUUUCAAAGAGGGAAGUGUCUUUCCCUUCUUGAGGUGGUCUGAAAUCAACCUCCAGUCUGCUCCGAGAGACCUCUCAACCUGUCGUUUCACAACGAACGUAUUUUUAUGUUUUCAUGGAAGAGAAAUUUCAUUUUCUCUUCUGUUUUGUUACUGUUUUGAUGAUUUCAGAGCUGUUACUGAAACUUGCUCAAAGCGUGUCAGACCAUUACAGUAUUUAUUUAAUAGACUUGAAUUAGUCUAACGUCAUUGUGUUUCUGCUCAAACGAGGACCAAUGUAGAAAUGGGUGGAACGAGUACUAUGAAUAUGAAUUCCCGUUUUAGCAAUAAUCAUGUGGAAAAAUUGUAAUGACAAUUAGAAGUUAAUCUACAAGAAAGAAUGCAAAAAAAGUAAAACGUGCAGCUGUUACUUAAGGUAGAGUAUCAGAGUGACGAUUGUUUUUACACAAUGUUACAGUUUUAACCAUUGCUUCUUUCUCCCUAAUGUUUUAGUUAUUAUUGUUGUUUUAAAACCCUGUGUAUUUAUGACUUAGGGGUGAAAGGAGCUGUUUCAUGUAGUCGAGGUGUCGGGAAACUUAUAGAGUUUCACUGGGAUCAAACUUGAACUGUUCAGAGUUACUGUUAGCUCGAGCAGCUGAACAUACACACAGAUCGGAGAACUUCAGUCGUUCCUGGGGCUGGACGUUUAGGACCAAGCAGAACUCAAGGUCAGGAGUAUUGUGAUGUACAUUUCACUCAACACUGUAGGCGAAUCUCACAGAGAACAUGUCCAUGUGCUUCACCUCAAAAUCAAUAAUUAAUAUAUAUAUAUAUAUAUAUAUAUAUAUAUAUAUAUAUAUAUAUAUAUAUAUAUAUAUAUAUAUAUAUUUUUUUUUUUUUUUUUUUUUUUUUUUUUUCUUCCUGACAAUUAAGCACCCCUCAAUUAUUUUUAAUUACAUUUUUAUCAAAUCUAUUUUUGUUGCUUUUCAUUAUAAUGCAGUAAAAAUCAUCCUGUCCGAACUAUUUUUAAUAUUAUUUUAACUUUUUUAAAUUAAAACAAGCAUCAUUUUAAAGCAGUAAAACAAAUACUGUCAAGUGGUAUAAAUAACAUAAUAUAUAAAUAUAUAUAUUAAUAAUCUUCAGCAAUUGGAAAUCAUGAAAAAUUGUCACAAUUUUUAAAAAAAAAACUUCUAUUUUUUCUUUUGAUUUUAUUUUGAAUUUCUUGACAGGCUUGGUGAGAUUCACCUAAAUGUUUUGAGUUGAUUUUUUUUUUUUUUUUUUCUCUCUCUCUGUUUUAUGUUUGAUUAUUUCAUUUGGAUGGUCUGUUACUGAUGUCCCCUGUCCGGCCAUUUCAUUAUUGUCCUGCCCUUCAGCCUCAGUGAUCUCUCCCUCCUCUGAGUGUGUUAUCAGAGUGUCUGUCUGUAUGUCUGUCUGCGGGCGCUGCUGUGCAAAGCCCUUGCUGAGUGAUGAAAGCAUGUGCUAUUUAUUUGGGUCAAGGAGGGAGAGAACGAAGGUGGGAUGUAUUGUAUAGACACGAUUGUAAAGAUGACUUGUGACAGUCACAAAUGUAUAAUAAAAAUGCCAAAAAAAGAGAAAA